CGACCCAUCUUUAACAUUUCACUAUGUGAAGUACCCUCGAGUUUUCCGUCGGAAUGAGGUGGCUUGCCAAGUCUGCUAUGGGGAGUUUGACUGUCUCAGCAUGGAGAGGUGCGGCUACAACGCCGCAGUGACAGACAUCUUGGUAGAAGGAGACGGAAUGAAAGUCGUUAACGAUGAAUUGAAGAUUAAAAUGGAUUCAAUGAUGUAUGAUUUAGUUUUAGAAGAUUCGGUAAAAGAAUACAAUGUGUGUAUUCCUUUCAUCUCGUCGUAUACAACUUGCAAUAGAGACAACAUCUGCCUAGGCUGCGAAUCGUGUGACUGCGACGAAUCAGGACACUGGAAUUGUAGUGAAACCUCGAAAUGUAGCAACCUGCAUUUGGACAUCGACCAUCGAAUAAUCAAAUCAGUUGCUGAGAGUUUAAACGAUGUUAAACCAUCAAGAUACAAAAGAUCUUAUAAUGUCUUAGAAGAGUCAUCGACACAUAGCGUAUUUGAAGACCUCAUAGAUUGGAUGGGAAAGGUCUCCAAAACUAAAGAUGUUAAAGUCAUCAAUCGUAUCACUCCUAGGUCUACAGCUAUUGUAACAGCUACAGCGUCAACCAAAAAUCUUACCAAUGAUGACAGUAAUAACCUGGUGUUUGAUGACAUACUAAGUAAUGAUAAUCUGGAUGACUUUAUAAAGUAUUCGGAAAACGAUAUGAAUUAUGCCAAAAGACACGAAAACAAUGAUCAGUUUUUUAAAAUGCUUAGAAAUAUUGAAGAAGGCAAGGAUGAUAAAUCACCAGUAGAUAACACUCAUCGAAAUAUAAAAUUGUUUAAAGAUCUAAGAAAAUAUAUUAAAGAAAAGUCUGAUGUGAAAGAACCUUCAAAUGAUCAACCGAAUAGUAUUAAUGCUAUUUUAACCGAGACUGAUGAUAUUGACCCCGACAAACAACGAUAUGAUAUUAAUUCUGUCGCUGUAGCACUAAAAAGAAACGUAAGAGAAGUAAAUGAGACUUCAAUAGGAAAUCAAACAAAAACAAUAGAAAAUCAAAAAACAAAAGCAAGUAACGCGACACCAAGUUUUGAUAUCAGGAAUAUAAACGUAACAUAUUCAGAAAAGGAAAUACAACAUAUUAUAGAUGUUGUAACCGUAUUAAUUGGUAAUGAACGAAAAGAGAUAAAUCAUUUAAAUUACGUGAGAAAGAGUCUCCUAAUAUUACUCAAGAAAUAUCAAACUAAUUCAAACAGUACUGAUAUCACACACAAGCAAAAUUCUAACAAGAAUACUAAAAAACGUGAAAACUGGAGAGUUGAUAUGCUAAAUUUCUAUAUUAGUAAUUUGAAAAGGGAUGUGAAAGAUACAUUAAGAGAUAUUCACGCAAUUAUAAAACUUAAAAAGCUAGGAGUAAACUCUAUUGCAGGACGUGUCUUAAAUAUUAAGCCGUUAUUAUUUGCGUUAACAUCGUAUUAUAUGAAAAACUUAAGAGAUUAUCGACAAACUGAAUAUGCAAGAAAUUAUAGCAAUAUAGAUAAGAGAUUUAUAACAAAUACUACACCAUCGAUAGAUAUUUCAGCAACACACAUAAUGGAUGCUUUGGAACCAAAACCUCAACGAAGAGUUUUUCAGCCAAAUACCAGUAAUGUUUACCAAAUAAACCUUAUAAAGCGAGCGCUUACAAGAAUGCUGGUAAUGAUAGAUAACGACAGGCUAUCCACAAAUGCUUUAAGUCCUCUAUCAUCUAAAAUUAAGGACAUUUUGAAGAGGAUUAUCAAUAAGCUAUACGUAAAAAAAUUUGCCGAUACUCAUCCAUCAAUAAGAGAUCAAAAUUUUAAUUUAACAAAAUUAUUAACAUCCCUUGUAGAAGAAUGGCAAAACAAGUCAGCUGAAAUGCAUACACCCAAUCCAGCGGAUCAACUAUAUCACAUGAAAUUAUUGCAUUUAUCCCUUUCGCAAGGAAUAGACAAAAUAAACGAUGCUUUAGUUUCUAUCCAAUUCGGAUUAAGUCGACGAAUGAGCUUUAUUGAAGAGUACGUUGGCAAGAAUUUAAUUGCGGACAUUUCGAAGUAUUUAGCCAGCAUUGAACAACGUAUUAAAUUUUUUGCUAUUAAUAAAAUCGUAACAGAGGCAUUGACUCCUAAGAGAAGAGAUGAGCAAACAGGAUCCCUAUGGCAUAGCAUCAAAGACGCAUUUUCGAAUUCAAAAAAGAAUCUGCGAAAAUAUGUUCAUGGUAAAUUAAAGCCUAAGUCAUAUAUAGUAAAUGACAAAGUAAAGAAAAGAGUUGAAGAAGUCAAUAAGCAGAAAUUCUUAGAAGUCAUGAAAAAAUGGCAACAUAAUUUUGAGGUAUAUCGUGCCAGAAAUAAGAGAUCAAUAAAACAGAACACAAAACGAUUGAAUCACAUUAUACCUAAGUAUUUAAGAGGUAUUAAAGCAAAUAAGGCCUUAAACGCUCAGUUAGAUAAACAAAUGCAGGUGGUAAACAAAGGAAACCCCAAAAAAGGCGUUAGAACCCAACACACCCACCACUGAAUUGGUUAAUCCCUCCCACGACUGAGAUAUUAUGGCCAA